AUGAAUAAAGUGAUUAUUCAAGUAUUAGUUGUGUUAAGUGUUACAUUAUUAUCUGUGUCGGGAGCAAAACAAUGCUACCAAUGUGCAUCAGCUGGAGAUGCUGAUUGUGCAGAUAAAUUUAAACCACGAGACUCAUGGAAAAUGGAUGUUAGUGACAAUGACAGCUGUAUGAAAACAAAAACAGGCGGUUUAGUCACAAGAACAGGAACACCUCUUUGUAUUGCGGUUAAAGGUGUUAGUUGGUGUUGUAGUGGAAAUCUUUGUAAUACUGCAUCAGUUGUUAGUCCACAAAUGUUAAUGAAAUGUAUUGGUUUAUUAUUGGUAUUUUUAACCAUUCGUCGAUACUGA